UCUAAACCCCAAUUCCCAAUCUCAGUUUCUAUCUCAUUUUCCUGCAACAAUGGUGUUGCGCAAUCCAACGACAAUGGCGAUGCUCCUCAUCGCCGCAAUGACCCUAGCAAUGGCGGAAGACAAUCCGCACCCUAUAUCAACGCGGGUGGUGACGUUCUAUGACAUCCUCAGCUCCCGCGGCCUCCCUAUCGGCAUAUUCCCAAAAGGCAUCUCCGAAUUCUCCGUCGACCCCACAUCUGGCGGCUUCCGCCUCCGCUUGCCGUCUCCUUCGCCGUGCGACACCGUGUUCGAGACGCGCCUACGGUACGAAUGCGACAUCACCGGCCGCAUCAGCUACGGGAGGAUUUCUAAUUUGACAGGUGUUACGGCUCAGGAGUUGUUUCUAUGGCUCCCGGUGAGGGGAAUUCAGGUCGACAUUCCUAGCUCUGGGUUGAUUUACUUCGACGUGGAGGUGGUUUCGAAGCAGUUCUCCCUCUCGCUCUUCGAGACGCUCAAGGAUUGUACAUCUCCGGAGGAGAUCGAUGGUUACGCUGAUAUGCUCAAAAUUCCUCAGAAGCCAUCUGAAAACAUCAUGAUGGCGCAUUCCACGGAACAGGAAAACAGAGCUGUCUCAUAAAUGCACAUUCAAGAGCCGCGGAUGUUGGUGGUGCGUUAAGCUUGGUUGCUCGCCUUUAGGUUACAGGCUUGUUCCUCCAAACUAUAGAGCAAGGCUGUAUAGUUUGUAAAGGGCAGGGGCGAGAACAUGUAUAUAUUCCACUUUGUGUGUGUGAAAAGUGUAAUAGUUUCUUGAUAAGCAGUUCUUCCCCCUGUGAAAAAAGGUGUUUGUGUUGUUUGGAGUUGUGUAAAUUAAGGAAAUGUGUAUUUUGUUAGUAAUACUUUUUAAAGAUGUGGAAGAUUACCAUAUCUUGUGUUUUCA